UGUCUCACCAGCUCGAUGCCUGCGGACCUCGCUGUCACCUACGUGGAUAGUGUGUUGCAAGUGGAAGUUGGUGAGCCAUCUAAAGAAGAAAAGGCUGUAGCCAAAUACCUUCGAUUCAACUGUCCAACAAAGUCUACCAAUAUGAUGGGCCAUCGGGUUGACUAUUUUAUUGCUUCAAAAGCAGUGGAUUGCCUUUUGGAUUCAAAGUGGGCAAAGGCCAAGAAAGGAGAGGAAGCUUUAUUUACAACAAGGGAGUCUGUGGUUGACUACUGCAACAGGCUUUUAAAGAAACAGUUUUUUCACCGAGCACUAAAAGUAAUGAAAAUGAAGUAUGAUAAAGACAUUAAAAAGGAAAAAGAAAAAGGAAAAGCUGAAAGUGGAAAAGAAGAAGAUAAAAAGAGCAAGAAAGAAAAUCUAAAGGAUGAAAAGACCAAAAAGGAAAAAGAGAAAAAAAAAGAUGGUGAAAAGGAAGAAUCCAAAAAGGAGGAAGCUCCAGGAACUCCCAAAAAGAAGGAAACUAAGAAAAAAUUCAAGCUUGAGCCACAUGAUGAUCAAGUUUUUCUGGAUGGAAAUGAGGUAUUUGUGUGGAUCUAUGACCCAGUUCACUUUAAAACCUUUGUCAUGGGAUUAAUUCUUGUGAUUGCAGUGAUAGCAGCCACCCUCUUCCCUCUUUGGCCAGCAGAAAUGAGAGUGGGUGUUUAUUACCUCAGUGUGGGUGCAGGCUGUUUUGUAGCCAGCAUUCUUCUCCUUGCUAUUGCUCGUUGCAUUCUGUUUCUCAUCAUUUGGCUCAUAACUGGAGGAAGGCACCACUUUUGGUUCUUGCCAAAUCUGACUGCUGAUGUGGGCUUCAUUGACUCCUUCAGGCCUCUGUACACACAUGAAUAUAAAGGACCAAAAGCAGACUUAAAGAAAGAUGAAAAGUCUGAAACCAAAAAGCAGCAGAAGUCUGACAGUGAGGAAAAGUCAGACAGUGAGAAAAAGGAAGAUGAGGAGGGGAAAGUAGGACCAGGAAAUCAUGGAACAGAAGGCUCAGGUGGAGAACGGCAUUCUGACACAGACAGUGACAGGAGGGAAGAUGACCGGUCCCAACACAGUAGUGGAAAUGGGAAUGAUUUUGAAAUGAUCACAAAAGAGGAAUUGGAACAACAAACAGAUGGUGAUUGUGAAGAGGAGGAAGAAGAUGACAAUGAUGGAGAAACAACUAAAUCUUUACAUGAAAAAUCAUAAUCUGUCUAAUUUGGGGGACUAAAAAAGUGCAAGAGGUUGGAUUUCUAUGUUGGCUGAUCAUCAUAAUGCAUACCUGACAUUUGUAGCAUUCUUUAAGUCCACUUACUGAAAUGUAUUUGACAUCCUGGGACUAUUCAGUCCUUCAUUUCAUAGAAUACUAUUAUUGGUACAGUCAGAAGCCAUUUAUAAGUUUUAUCUAUUUGAUCAUUUUACAGUACAUAGGUCUCAUUAAUUUUGAUAGUUGUCAAAGGUGCACUUUCCACAAUGACAUUGAGAUUAAUGGCAUUUUUGAUAGUUGUAUGGCUUUUUACUGUUAGACUAAUCAAAAUAAUUAAAUGAAUAAAAAGAAACAACAAAAUUUCAGAUUAUGUGCAGUUAUGUAGCCAUUUCACAGUUUCUUUGAGAUGAAAUGCUUAAACUCACUGUUUUUGACAGUUAACUUUUGUUGAUUAUAAAAUUACAUCAGGAAAUUUCUAAGGUUCUGAGUUAACAGGGUUCAAAAGCAUUCUGUGGAAACAAGCCAACUAGCAUACUGAAACAGCACUUGUAGUUUAGCUACAAAUCCUCCUUUUCCAGCUUAGGAAAUCCAAACUGGUCUGUACGUCGGAUUCAGAGAGGGGUAUUCAUCUCCAGAGAAAGCAAGCCCGUUGAGUGGGAGGGGAUGAGUCGUCUUCCCGUUUCCUUGUCGUAAAGUAAAUGUAUUCUGUAUAUAAUUUACAAAUAAACAUUUUAUUUUAAUUGUUACUUAUUAUUUAGACAUUUUCCUAACACUUAAAUUUGUAAAAUUAAGACCAUUUAAGGGUAUGUUUUUAGAGAAAUGGAAGUUCCAAUAACCCGCAGAACAUCUGUGAUCUUUCUACAGCAGCUUCAAGUUUUGUGCCAACAUUCCAUGUAUUUGAAUGAGUUAAAACGAUCCUUAUUAAAUAAGAACAGACUUAAAUUAGCUGUUUGUACGCCUUAAUGUUCAGUUUGAUUUAUCUUAAAUCUCUACAUUCUGAAGUGGGUACUGUAUUAUCAGACCUGGAGGCACUGCUAUGAAAGAUAAUUCACUGUUCUAAAAUAUCAAUUUAAAAUAAAGAGCAUACAAGAAAACAUAA